GCACGUAGCCGCGAAUACAUCGAGCACCGGAAUACCGAACACGGAACAACCAACCCAUAACAAUCCGACACACAGAUAUCCAUUGCAAAAGAUACUUGCACACACAAAAGAUACAAAGAUACAAAGAUACACUUAGUAGAUGCAUGAUGGAUGGGCAGCAGAGUGUUUUCAGUGUCAGUGCGCUCAUCGAUGACGUCUGAGAGGCAUUCGCGCUGAUGGAUAAUCAUAAAUUCGGCGUGAAAUUCUCGCAUCUCGCAUCUCGCAGAUACUUUAGCCAUCUCGCAGAUACUUAUCGCGUUCGACUCCUAAUGGGCCUCAUCUGCCCCGGCCGGCGUCUGUGACAAAUUGUCUCUCUGUGUGUGUGCGUCUGUGUUUGUGUGUGCAUUAAAAACCGUUCAAAUCUGCGGCCAAUUGCGGCCAAAACACACAUUCCUGCGGCAAGUGCAGGGCAGGUGAAGCUAAAGGACUCGUAAACCCAUUUGCCCAGCAGGAUGCAAGCGGAUUAACUCCUAAAAUCCGAGGACAACUCUUGCUCUAAUCCAUCCCCGCCUAAUGCUGAGCUCAUUACGAUCCGCAGUCGAAUGAAAACAACUCUCAAUACGAGUACAAAGUGUAUUCAGUGAUUCAGUGCAGAGUGUUGUGAAUAUUCCAAGAAUUCACUUGCUAUCUGGUAAAUGCCAAACGCCGACGGCUAACUGAAAAUUAUACCAAUCGAUUCCCAGACGACCGACCGACAAAGACUGGCUACAGAAUGGAUCCAGAUUGCUUUGCCAUGUCCUCGUACCAGUUUGUCAACUCGCUGGCCUCCUGCUAUCCCCAGCAGAUGAACGCACAGCAGAGUCAUCCGGGCGCCAAUGCCACGGCGGGCAGCAGCAACGGAGCCGCCGUCACUGGCGGCGGUGGGGCCAACGGCGGGCCGGGCAACUCCGGAGCAGCCACGCCCGGAGCCAAUGACUAUUUUCCAGCGGCGGCCGCCUACACGCCCAACCUCUAUCCGAAUACGCCGCAGGCGCAUUACGCCAACCAGGCGGCGGCAUACGGCGGACAGGGUAAUCCCGAUAUGGUGGACUACACACAGCUGCAGCCGCAGCGGCUGUUGUUGCAACAGCAGCAGCAGCAGCAGCAACAACAGCAACAGCAGCAGCAGCAGCAUGCCCAUGUCGCGGCGGCAGUGGUGGCACAGCAGCAGCAACAACUCGCACAGCAGCAACUCCCGCAACAGCAGCAACAGCAGCAGCAGCAGACGAACAUCAGCUGCAAGUACGCCAACGAUCCGACCACACCGGGCGGCAGUGGUGGCGUCGGAGGGUCAGGUGGCGGAAGCAACAACAACAACAACAGCAGCAACAACAACAACAACCAAUCGCUGGCCAGCCCGCAGGACCUCUCCACGCGCGACAUCUCGCCCAAGCUCUCGCCCAGCUCCGUGGUGGAGAGUGUGGCACGAUCCCUCAAUAAAGGCGUGCUGGGUGGCAGCCUAGCGGCCGCUGCUGCCGCCGUCAGUCUCAACAACAAUCACACGGGCGCUGGCGGUGUGCCAGUGGGCAGCGGUGGCAGCGGCGUGGGCGUUGGCGGUGUACCGGGCGUGGUCAAUGUCCCGAUGCACAGUCCUGGCGGCGGCGACUCCGAUUCGGAGAGCGACAGCGGCAACGAGGCGGGCAGCAGCCAGAACAGCGGCAAUGGCAAGAAGAAUCCGCCACAGAUCUAUCCAUGGAUGAAGAGAGUUCAUCUCGGAACGAGUACUGUGAAUGCCAAUGGCGAGACGAAACGACAACGGACCUCAUACACCCGCUAUCAAACACUGGAACUGGAGAAGGAAUUCCACUUUAAUCGCUACCUGACACGCCGGCGACGCAUCGAGAUCGCCCACGCCCUCUGCCUGACGGAGCGCCAGAUCAAGAUCUGGUUCCAGAAUCGACGCAUGAAGUGGAAGAAGGAGCACAAGAUGGCCUCAAUGAACAUUGUGCCGUACCACAUGGGUCCCUAUGGCCAUCCCUACCAUCAGUUCGAUAUCCAUCCGUCACAGUUUGCGCAUCUGAGCGCAUAGGACGCGUGGCACUUUUCGGGUACUGGUUAGAGACUCAAUCAGUUGUAUCAGGAACCAUAUCAGACGGCGGCGGCGGCGGCCAGUGUGGCCGGUGGCUAUCAGUCGCAAGGGCCGCAGGAUGCUGUGUCCCUUGGCGCUGGCGUUAACAAUGUUGGAGUUGGAGGUGGUGGUGGUGGUGGUGGCAUCGUUGGUGGUGCUGGCGGUGGUGCGGGUGUAACAGGCGGCGGUGGCAGCAGCAAUAGUACUGGCAACGGUCCCAAUUCGCUCUUCUCCUCCGCUGCCAGCAACUCCAAUGCCGAUUGCCUCAAGUAUCCGCAAGAGUUCUGAUCUCAGGUUAUCAUCAGCAGGCAGCAGGCGGAGGAGCAGAAGGCGCAGAAUCUUCAGCAGUUGGAACGGCUGCUGGAAUCGGACUGUGAGCCCGAUCCGGAGCUGGACCUGGACCUGGACUACAAGACGGACAUUGUUGGCUGCAACAUGUUCUGCUGCUGAGGCGAUAACAAUCUAUCUAUUGCCACUUUCACCAGCACCUGUCAUCUGCGACCUGCCACCUGCCCCACAUCUUGCCUACCACCUACCGCCCACAACGCCACCCGCCUGUUCCAGUCGCCGCCCGUCGAUCAACCCAACAUCAGAGACGAUGUUCCUUGUUUGCAACUGAUUCGUGUUAAGCUAAGAAACGAGCUGUUCCCCCCACGGCAGCUCGUUUGGGUCUAUGAUACUGGCUGUGGGACCCCAAGCAAUCACACAAUUCUAUUCGAUAUUCAAUAUUUUUCCUUCAAAGGAAGUUCCUUUCCCCUUUUCCAUCUUUCCCGGAAUUGAGCACAGCUCUCAACUGCCUGGGGAUCCAAGCAGAGAUUUCCCUUCUAUUCUUAAUGUGAAUGCGUGUGGUUCCCGCCCAGUAUGAUGGACCUCUUUCUCUAAGCAGUAUUCGAAAAGCUGUUAGUAUGUAAGUUUAGCAUAAAUUUUAGUACCUAAGAGCUGCACAGACGAGGAGCACAGAUGAAGAUCGAGUUAAACAAAACUAAUAUCUGCAAUAAUUUCAAAGUGAUUUCUAACUAACAUUAGUUCUUCGUUUAGAGAUAUCCCCAAGUCCAAAUCCAAAUCCCAAUCCAACCCACAACCCACAGCCCCACCCUCCAGGGAGUCCUAAAGUGUGUACUUAAUACCUAGCCAGUAGAUAACCUAAAUCUAGUUAACCACAUAAGGCUUUGUUUAGUUUGUAAAUAGUAGAGAGCGCCCGCCCACCGCCCGACUCGACGACAGUCUCCGCGCGGGGCAGGCCUUUCGUUUUUAUUAUGUUUGUGUUUCGUUUAGAAAUGAGAAAAUCUUUGAAACUAUCUCUACUGUUCAGUUUAUUUUGUGUGUGUUGUUGAAAGUGCUCUAGCAGCUUCGAAAAUGCUUUACUAAUUUUAUUCAAAAAACUAAAAAAAAGAAACAAAAGUUAUUCAAAUCGUUUAAUUAUCAUUUGCCACUGAAGAACAAAUUCGGAAGUCAAACAGGAACUAAAAAUAUUUCACAAUUAGCAUAGAAUUCGAUAUGGAAACUGGACUUUCUUUCGAGCAGCAGCAUUAAUAUAUAUAUUAUUUAUUUAGAGAACUCUCAGCAAUGUUUCAUGUCUGUAAAAAUAAUAAAAAAAAACAAAACAAAACAAAACCGAAAGGUAAUCAAUAAAGUAAGCAAACGAAAAACUUGAAUAGAGCGAGAAUUGUUACACUCGAAAGCUAAAGGAAA